CUUCAGUAAAAUCGAUGAUUCAAUAAAAAUAAAUGAAAAAUUUGAAAGAUAGAGAAAUUCAAGUUUGAAAAUUCGCGCGUUCGCGGUGCACUUGCGCAGAGACAGUUCGUGAUUCUAGAACGACGUGACUCUAGUCCUCGACGUCGCACGACGAGUGAAUUUAGUUACACCCGUACAGUAGUCCAAUAAACAUGGCGUCGUGUAGAAUAUUAAAUUGUGUUUAGCGACUGAAUGUCUGAAAUUGUGUAGUGUGACGAUUUUUCAGUUACUAUAGUAUUUUGUUAUCACGUUGACAUGUUCCUGAGGAUGUUACCCGACUACGGUUAAGAUUUCAUUGAGAAUUCCACACAAAAAGUUACAGAAAUGACGAGGAAAAAUAGGAAACGGAAAUUGGAGGAGGAGGAGCAAUCGAUGAUCGACUGGGAACGAGAGAACAUUCUUACAGAAGAAGUAAGAAAUGAGAUGGAAUUCAUGUGGGAGAUUCCACAAAUAUUCCAUUUUCUUCAUCUGACAAAAGAAGUUCUGAACAUACCUCAUUUGUCCAUGUAUGAGAUGGAACGAAUGCUUUUGAUACCAAGAGCUUCCAGGCAAUUGGCAAACAUCAUGACGUCGUUGUUAAGUUCCCCCAUGUCUAAAGCGAGGUUGAGGAAAAUACCACCGAUGCCGUACGAAUUCUGGACAAACAUUCUUGCAUACAAGAUGAAAAGCUGGUUCAAAAUUUACGAAGCUAAACAUCAGAAUGCGGUAAAGAUUUUAGAAACUAUCGGUGUCGAACCUGAGUUCUGGAAUGUUUUCCCCGAUGCUCCUCUGUUAAAUGGCAAAGAUUUCGAGGAGUUGACCUUCAGACAGAAAGUUUGGCUUCUGAAAACAGUCUGCGAUACAGUCAUGCACACUAGAAAAACUGUGCAAGAGGAAAUAGCCAAGCAACCAUGGGAAAACCAAUUCGAAACCGUUCUAGGCACUGAUCGUUAUGGGGCAAGAUACAUUUACUUUCCACAGUUUCUUAAAAGUGAUCUGAGAGUUUACAGACAUUGUCUUGAUAACAACAUUUUAUCAACAGUAAAGCCGAUUAAGCCGAAAAUAAAAACGCAGUUAGAGAACAAAGCAUUGAUUUCAAAGGAUUUAAUGAAAAGGAAAACGAAACAUAGAAAAAGAAAAUCGCGAUGGAGUAAUGGAUUACCACCAAAAACAAGGAAAAAGUCAAAUAAAAGUGAUGAUAAACAUCUAAACGAUUGCAAGUGCAGUAGCGACAGUGCAAUAGGCUCAUUGAUUAACGAGGACACGAAUUUCAGUAGUAUAAGCACCUAUAGUAAUAACAAUAAUAGCAGUAGUAAUAAUAAUAAUAUUAACUUAAAUACUAUCAACGUCGAAAGGUCGGAAAGUUUGUCGAAAUGUUCAGAAGUAAGCACUAUGUCCGACAAAACAUGUAAAAGUACAAAAUCGAGUGGUUACGAUACAAAUAAUUCUGUUCGAGAUAUUCCUGGUAAGAAGUCAUCUCAAAAAAUGUUUAAAGGAUUUUCUGACAGUAGUAAUAACAUUAAGUGUAAUAUAGAAAUAAUCAAUGGGAUUUUGAGCGAUUUAAAAUCCGAAACUAUCGAGGAAAUGACCACAGAAAAUAACGACAUAUCUUUGACACACGUUUCGCAAGAUAAAUUGAAGAUAAAUCCAACGAAGCAAUCAUAUUUAGAUGCGGUGGAUGUACAUAUAAACAAAGGUGAUUCCGUCGAUAGAACUAUUGAUAAUUUGUCUAGUACCUCAAAAACAGAUGAUGAAAAACUGAAUGAAAUUAUCAGUGCAGAAAAUUUGAAAUUGAACGAUAAAAAUCCGGACAACAUGCAUACUGUUAGAGAAACACAUCAAAUAUCUAUUACGUCGAAAUCCGACGAUGAAAAAUUAAAUGAAACGAGGACACACGUUCGAAAACAAGAAAAUGAUACUAGCUUAUCUGAGGGCAAAGUGGAAAAUAGAAUUCUCAGACGAAAUGGAAGGCUCGCUAAAGAACAGAAAUCGAAUAACGAGCAGUCGAACCAAAUAAUUAAAAAUGAUAUAACAUCUUCCGAUGAUAAAGAUCUUUCUUUGAGCGAAUUGAGAAGUAUGUUACAAAAAGAAGCGAUGGAGGAUGAUUUUUCUUUUGACGAGGAUAGUGAGAUUAAAUACAAUCUUAGGAAAAUAAAUCACCAAAAAACGGAAGAAUGGAAACAGGAAACGGAGGAUUUUAAUACGAUGCUUUCGGAGCUUAGUGUCUCAAAAUUUCAACUUGUGGCUGACAGUGUUAAUUCACUAAGAGACCUUAUUUCUACCUUUUCACCAAAAAAUAGUAAUCUAAGUACUGAUACUGACGGUGAAACCGAACUUAUAUCUCCAUGUGAAGUAAAAUUGGUGAAAAGAAUGACAGAGUUGCUAUCUUCUUUAGAGAAAAUGGAACCGGCUUUGCGAGAGUCGAUGAAAAGAGCUAGAGGAAAGCUCCAAAAGGAAUGGACUAAUUUUAAGGAAGGCAGUGCGGAGGAUCAGGACUCAUCUGGGGAGGGUCUUGGCUCUAAUUGGUGGGUUCUUGGAUCGCAGGGCUGUCAAUUGUCAACUUCCGGAGACGCAACGUUACAAACGUUACCGCAGUCUACCAUAUCCCCAGCUGGCUCCCAAAACAUCUCCAACAAGAUCGAAGAGGUAUCCGUUAGUCACGCAGAACACAAUAAAAACAUCAAACAAGAAUGCACAGAAUCUCAAGAUGAAAGUUUACAAAACGAAACGCAAAGAGAACAAUCUGAAAGAGACGAAGGCAGCAGUUACAAGAACGAAAGAAUUGAAGAAGAGACAAAAGAAGAUUCAAGCGAAGAAGAACAACAAACGCGAAGAGUGUUACGAGCUCGGGGCAUUUCCUCAUAUACAGAACAACUUUAUUCAGACGAUGAGAUCGAAGAGAACGAGCUGGAAGAAUGGACCGACGUUGAGGCCGUGUACGCGGCUCCCAGCACACAGACAGGUCCAUCCACUUCAUACCUUACUCCGAAAGUCAGAUACUCUGACGAUCGGACAAACGAGGAGGAGGACUCAGACCAAGAUUGGAUUUUACCAAGCUCUCGCAAAAGGAAAAAUAAACGUCCAUCUGCCAAUAGAAGAUUAAAGUCUUUCCAACACAAGUUACAAAGCAUCAAAGUUAAUGCUCUUCAAGACGCGGCAGAAUCAAAAGUAACCUCUUCCACCAAACUCGACAGUGAAAGGGAACUUCCUAGAAUCAGAGAAAUCCAAAUAUGCAAACCAAAGAAACCGAUCAACUCAGAAUCCCCUAACAACAACAAUACAGCAGACAAACAAGAGGCUGUAGUUGAAAGUAAACCUAAAGAAAUAGUGCCUUCUACAGAAAUAAAUUGCAAAGUAGAAAAUAUCGCAAGCGUGCAUUCGGAGUUGGACAUCAAAGACGAAGGCCCGAUCUAUGAUUCUACACCGAAUCAGUUCGAUAGCUGUUACACGGUUAAUUCUAAUUAUGUGAUGCUCAAAACUGAACCGAAUCCGAUGAAUUAUUAUGUGAUGCAAUCAAAUUCUGCAACUGUCGUUCCACAAAGUGCAAUCGUGCAAUCUGGCCCAAUGGUCUCGAGUAUUAUACCACCGAUUCAACAAGGUUAUUACGUACAAGGGGGGCAAAAUUACAUUAUCCAAAAUUCACAAACCAAUUUCGUACCUUCCCAACCAUUCCAACCUCAAGGACCACAAAUGAUAGCUCCACAACAAUUUGUCAACCAUCCUGGUUAUGUACCUUAUAUGGUAGCGGCUACUCAACCCCCAACUGGAUAUAUAACUACCGGUCAACAAAUUUUUUCGCAAGAAAUGCCCCAAAAUCCUCCGUUUUCAGUUCAACCUAAUCCUACUUCAGUAACUAGACCUUUGCAAAACAGGUGUUCAGUGCCAAGACAGAGCUACCCACAUCCUAAUGGAGCUGUUAUAAGAAGUAGCAUGUCCAUAAGAGGAAAUACACCGCGACUCAAUAAUUCCAGGGUCAUGAAAAACGUUCAACAGCAACGCACCUCUGUUAGGAUGCAGAAACCGAAGAAACCAACCACAUCUUUGGAAAACACCGGUCAGAAGACUACUUCUUUGAUCGUUCUCAGCGACAGCGAUGAUGAGAUUGAGAUGAUAAUUACCGAGAAGACCGGUCCUGAGACUGAAGCAGAAAAAGCAAAGAGUACAUCUAGGAGAAACAUCGCGCAGACUAAGCAAAAGUCAACACUCACGUCAAACGUGACGGAGGUACCAACGAAAGGUGUGAUUCCUCCACAGAUAAUACAACGUAUGAAUCAAGGAGGGAUCUCUAUAACACCAGUCAAACCUACACCACCUGUUCAAAAUACCAAUACACAAUUGGUAGUAGUUGUAAACGAAACUGGAAGCCAUUAUGCCUUAGCAUUGCCGAACGGAAGCAAGCUGAUUCUGACUCCUGAACAGGUCGCACAGAUUCGAGCUUCGAACGGUGGGAAACUGAUCUUGUAAGACAUUACUUUAAUUCUGACUUCAAAAUCUUUUAUAGAAUGAAUAGAAUAUAUUCGUGAUCUCUGGUUCACGUAUAUAUCUUCGAAAUUGAUGUUCCUACAACAAAGAUCUGUAUAAUAAUAUCUGGAGCAUUCUGGAGCAUUUUGUACCAAUUUGUACGCGAAUAUCAAAAAUUGCUAUAUACUAUUUUAAGAUAAUGAAACCAUCUGUAUUUGAAGUGUUACUUUGACUAUAAUUGGAUGAGUUUAUUCCUGAAUCAUUUCACUUUGUGCUUAUGAAGAUCUUAAGGAAGACAUAAGGAAUUUUAUGCAUUUAUCUAUUCAAAUGAAAAAGAAGGAAAAUCUUGACACAUUAGACAGGCAUAUAUGAAUACACUAAACAUAUUCUAAAUAUUGUAUCUUUUCGAGUAUUUCUUUCCCUACAUUGUAACGUUAGAAUGAUACUCGAGACCUGUGAUGUCCACAACAAUUUUUAUAUAUUUUUGUUACGCCAUGUUGAAACAAUAUUUGUAUUAUAUGAGAUGAUAACAAAACAUUAAUUUUUUCGGGUUUAAAUCAAGCUUAAAACGCUUAAGCAAGACAUUACAAGAUAGCGCUAUUAUACUUUACAUAAUUAAUAAUAUAUGUGUGUAGAAUGUUUCAUUUAUAAAUUAUAUUUAUAAAUUGUUAAUUUUCGCCAUAACUCGGAUUUAAACCAAACAUUGAAAUGAUCCACUUGAGAACUAUAAUAAAACUAUAAUAAAAUUAUUGUUCACAGGAUGAAUCGCAAAGAAGAGUAUUUUAUAUACUGUUCAACUUCGAAUGAUAUCAUAAAUACGUAUUAUUACUGAAUAACAUGCAUUUUUUAGGUCACUAAUACAAUGUGUAAAUAAUAUUCUACAUGAAUAAAAUAAUUAUUAAGACAUCACUCGCGCGUAACCUGAAUUAUAAAAAAACUUUGAUCAAUCAUUACAUAUUCUAUAAAUUUUAAUGUCUAAAAUUUUUGUAACAAAGCUUAUAAAUUCGAAUAUAUAAAAUUUACGAAGUUAAAGAUUUAGUAAGUACUGUACAAAUCACUGCAAAUAUGUACAACUCAUUUGCAGUAAAUAAAUAAUUGGAAUAAUUACAUUAUCUAAACUAACAAAGGAAUAAAUGCAAAUAAGUUGUAUGAGAUAUA